AACAGGACCACCGUUCAACACACAGUGAGUGACAGGGGAAGGCAAAUACUCAGUGUUUUAAGCAGCGAGUUGUUGCCAACGUGUUUCGAAAAACUAGGGUUUACGAUUUCGAUUAUAAACAAAGAAAAAUCAAUCGAGAAAAAUAGAAAAACAAUGGAGAACGCAUUAGUGACGGCCUCUGCGAUCACAGACCAGAGGCAAAAGAUCGAACAGUACAAGCACAUUCUCUCUUCUGUAAUCUCCUCAAACGACAUCGUUCAAGCCAGGAAAUUCAUCGAUCAUAUGUUGUCGGAUGAUGUACCGUUGGUGGUUUCGCGUCAGCUUUUGCAAACUUUUGCUCAAGAGUUAGGGAGAUUACGGGCGGAGACGCAAAAAGAUAUUGCCAAUUAUACCCUCGCUCAGAUUCAGCCUCGUGUUGUUUCCUUCGAAGAACAGGUGUUAAUUAUCAGGGAGAAACUUGCUGAUUUAUAUGAGUCUGAGCAGCAAUGGUCAAAAGCGGCUCAGAUGCUCAGUGGCAUUGAUCUGGACUCUGGAAUGAGAGUCAUUGAUGAUACAUUCAGGUUGUCAAAGUGUGUCCAAAUUGCUCGCCUAUACCUAGAGGAUGAUGAUGCUGUUAAUGCAGAAGCUUUUAUUAAUAAAGCUUCAUUCUUGGUUAGCAGCAGUCAGCAUGAAGUCUUGAAUUUACAAUACAAGGUUUGUUAUGCUCGGAUUCUGGAUUUAAAAAGGAAGUUCUUGGAAGCAGCAUUACGGUAUUAUGACAUAUCUCAAAUUGAGAAGCGGCAAAUUGGAGACGAAACAAUUGAUGAGGAAGCAUUGGAGCAAGCUCUAUCUGCUGCUGUGACAUGUACUAUUUUGGCUGCUGCAGGUCCACAACGUUCUCGUGUUCUUGCCACUUUGUACAAAGAUGAACGGUGCUCAAAAUUGAAAAUUUAUCCAAUAUUGCAAAAGGUGUAUUUGGAGAGAAUAUUGAGAAGGCCUGAAAUUGAUGCAUUUUCUGAAGAACUAAAACCUCAUCAGAAAGCGCUUCUGCCUGACAAUUUUACUGUGCUGGAUCGUGCCAUGAUUGAGCAUAAUCUCUUGAGUGCAAGCAAGCUUUACACUAAUAUAAGUUUUGAGGAGUUGGGAACUUUGCUAGGCAUUGCGCCUCACAAGGCUGAGAAGAUAGCAUCAAGAAUGAUUUAUGAGGACAGAAUGAGAGGAUCCAUUGAUCAGGUGGAAGCUGUCAUACAUUUUGAGGAUGAUACUGAAGAGCUGCAACAAUGGGAUCAGCAGAUAGUUGGCUUGUGUCAAGCCCUCAAUGAUAUACUAGAUAGCAUGGCAAAGAAGGGAUUGCCAAUUCCAGUCUGAGCUGCGAUGUUGAUGACCAUACUUUAUAUUUAAUCAUUCUUGACCUCUGUAUGUAUGCAUGAAAAUCCAACCAAAAUAGUUCAGCCUUUUGACCUACUAAUAUGUUCAAUUUUGUGAAGGUCGCUCAUUUUGUAAUUGUAUUUUUGCAUAUCCGUACCUGGCAAAAGCAAUGAGCAUGGAGUUUAUUUUAAGAGUAA